CCAGGCGGAGAAGAAGAGCGUAUAUGGCGCCGUUGUUUACAGGCUGUUAGAGGAAAUAAAUUCGCUGUGACUCAACAAACUAAAAUCAUUUGGAGCUCUGCGUGUUGUCAGCUUCUAUCGGCCUUAUUAACAAGCAUUAAUAUCCCUGUAAAGUGUAUUAUUUUGUGACGUGGGUGUGACCGCGGUCCGAGUGACUGAAGAGAUUUUUUUUUGCACUGUCACUGACAGACAGGACUUCAAAUCACAGAGCAUUGUUCACCGGGCCUGCAGAGGGGAAUCUGAAUCCAGCCGAAUGAACAGAGCGACUGCAAAGCUUCUAAUUGAGCGCUACUUUCGGCAGUUAACUGAAGGCUGUGGAAAUGGCAACUGCACGAAUGAGUUUUGCGCAUCAUGUUGUGAUUUUCAACCUUUGGAUAACAAUUCAGCAGCUGCCAAAGCGCUCGAGCUGUUUAAGAUUAAUGCCAAACUCUGUGAUUAUCACCCCUCCAUCACGGCCAGUGCUGACGGAAGAACUCAGGAGGGCAGUGAGAUGAGCGAUAAAGACCCUGGUUUCACCAAGGAGGACUUCUCAGAGGUUCAUCACCUCACAGAGAACACAGUCUGUACGAUCUUGGGUUUCUGUGAAGAAGAAGGGGAUUAUUCUGCUCUCGUCCGAGUCAUCGGCAGGGUCUUCUCCAAUGCAGAAGCCCUGAUGAAGAGUUUCAGGAAAGAUGAAUCCAAUUCUACCGACAACCUUGAGUCUUGUAAACCGGCAGAUAUGAAGAAAGAUGAGAAACAGAGUGAGAGAAGCUCAGAGAAGACAGGUGCUUCUUCUGCAGCCUCUUUGCCAGGUGAGGCUUUGAAUGAAGUGUUUGAUGCCUGUGAGGUUACAGUGGACAUUGGCGCUGUGAGGAGAGUCUACGACAGACUUCUGUCUAUCGACCAGCUGCAGGUGGCCCUGGUGAAUGCUCUCAUUUACCUCACUCCAAAUGUUGAACUUGACCUGGAAUAUCUUGACGUAUACGAAACAAACCCAGAUUACCUGAACAUCUUCAUUAUCGUCAUGGAGAAUAGUAACCUUCACAGCCCAGAGUACCUCGAAGUGGCGUUACCACAGUUCUGCAAAGCAAUGAGCAAACUUCCAGUGACCGCGCUUGCCAGGCUGACGAAGCUCUGGUCAAAGUACGAUCUCCCGCACAUCCGCCGUAUGAUGGAGACCUUCCAGCAGCUCAUUACGUUUACAGUUGUUAGCAACGAAUACGACGGCGAAAAUCUGGUAAACGACGACGAGACUGUGGUGGCUGCGACGCAGUGUUUACAGGUCGUCUUCUUUGCAAGCAUUCUGGGAGGUGACGUGGACGUAGAGCACAACGAGGAGGACGAGGAAGACUCUGACUCAGACGAGCUGACGCUGCACGAGCUGCUUGGCGAGGAAAGGCUCUAUAAGAAAGGCCCCCGCAUAAAUCCCCUGGAGAAAGAACUGGGCGUCCGACCGAUGGACAGCAUAAAGCCUCUCAUCCCCUUCGAGGAUUUUAUUAACGAAUCGCUUAACGAUGUCAUCGAGAUGGACAAGGACUUCACUUUCUUCAAGGUCAAUGCAGAAACAAAGUUUUCUUUCCAGACUUGCCCUUUCAUCCUCAGUGUCAUCACCAAGAACCAAGGGCUGUACUACGACAACAGGAUCCGAAUGUACAGCGAGCGACGCCUCACGGCUCUUUUCAGCAUGGUCCAGGGGCAGCAGCCCAACCCCUACCUCAAGCUCAAAGUGCGCAGAGACCACAUCAUCGACGACGCUCUCGUCAGACUGGAGAUGAUCUCCAUGGAGAACCCGUCCGACUUGAAGAAACAGCUCUAUGUUGAGUUUGAGGGUGAGCAAGGUGUAGAUGAGGGAGGCGUUUCAAAGGAGUUCUUUCAGUUGGUUCUUGAAGAAAUCUUCAAUCCUGACAUAGGAAUGUUCACCUACGAGAACGACACCAAACUUUUCUGGUUUAAUUCAUCUUCUCUGGAGACUGAAGCGCAGUACACUCUUAUUGGAAUCGUCCUCGGUCUCGCGAUUUACAACAACUGCAUCCUGGACGUCCACUUUCCAAUGGUUGUCUACAGGAAGCUCAUGGGAAAGAAAGGGACCUACUUGGACCUGUCAGACUCACAUCCAGUUCUCUAUCAAAGUCUGAAGGGAGUACUUGAAUAUAUGGGAAAUGUGGAAGAAGACAUGAUGAUGACCUUCCAGAUAUCACACACUGACCUCUUUGGAAACCCAGUAAUACACGACUUAAAGGAGCAAGGAGACCAGAUUCCUGUUACUAAGGAGAACCGACAGGAGUUUGUGGAUCUGUAUGCUGAUUACAUCCUGAACAAGAGUGUGGAGAGACAAUUCAAAGCCUUCAAAAAAGGCUUCCUAAUGGUCACAAAUGAGUCCCCGCUGAAAUAUUUGUUUAGACCAGAAGAAGUAGAGCUGCUUAUCUGUGGAAGCAGGAAACUGGACUUUGAAGCGCUCGAAAAGACGACGGAAUAUGACGGCGGCUACAGCAAAGACAGUCAGGUUAUCAAAGAUUUCUGGGAAGUCGUCCACUCAUUUGGGGAAGACCAAAAAAAAUUAUUUCUUCAGUUCACGACGGGCUCAGACAGGGCGCCUGUUGGCGGGCUCGGCAAAUUAAAAAUGAUCAUUGCGAAGAACGGCUCUGACACAGACAGGCUACCAACCUCCCACACCUGCUUUAAUGCACUGCUGCUCCCUGAGUACUCCUCCAAGGAAAAGCUGAGAGAGAGACUUCUCAAGGCCAUCACUUAUGCCAAAGGGUUUGGGAUGCUGUGACGAAGCCGCAAAGUUAUCAGAGCCAAAAAAGGGAGUAUUAAGAAAGUGGAUAGGGAAAUGCAGUGGAGAAAAAUACUGUAAUAACCCUGUGCCUAACCAAACUACUGCAGUCCACUGCUGGCCUUUCACACUUCAUAUGCAUUAGAUUUCCCAACAGACUGUAUUUAAAAGAUGGACGCCAUUUCCUGGUGAAGUGAAGCUCAAGCGCCUUAAACUUGCAUUCUUUCUGAUGACCAGCAGGGGGAGACUCCACUGGUGGAAUGAGAUGUCAUUAUCUCAAAAGGUGGAACAAUGGAAAAAUAUAUGUAAAAAGUUCACAGAUCAGUGCAGAGAAAGAAAAUAUAACCGAAACGCAGCGAAUAUGAAAUAAGUAAAAAGUCAAUUGUUGUAAUUAAGAGCUAAAUAUAAUUUAAUAAGGCUAAAUGAAAUACAAUGUAAGCUUUUUUUUAUCAAGUGUGAUGAAAAGAACAAGCACAACAGCUGUCAGAGGUCGUCAGUGUAGUGAACAAGGAAUAGGGUGGCUGAACGUCCACAGGAAACAUCUGUAAACCUCCCGUCACCGGUGACGUCUGUGCACGCGAUGAGUUAACGGUCUGAGUCAGUAUUUUCCAGUAACCCCUGUUAAAGCCAAGAAGGAGGCUGUGCUUUACUGUGACUGGCCUCCGAGGCCUCCCAUUUUCCUGUUUCCCAUCCUUUGCACAACCUUUACUAUGAAUAAUUAUAAAUUCGGUACACAUCAUUUCAACACUUCAGCCAGAGUAAUAUAGUGCGUGCACAGCUGUGCUCAUCUGUCAUUGUUGCUUGAGCUCUUUUUACUCCAAAGAAAACAGGGCUCCCUCACCAGUUUAAGAGUUUAAACCAGUGCUCCUUAAAACCUAAAAAAUAUAAAUCUGUACAAAUCAGUACUAGAACAUCUUUAGACAUAAAACUAGCUAGCUAACUAAAGAAAGAAACUGGAUUUUGAAACCUAAAUGUCAGGAGAUGUAACAGUUAUGGUGCGACACUCAGUUUGAGGCUUCACAGCGGGAGCUCAUGAACCAGUCGAUGUCAUUAGCGUGGUUCAGCAUUACUACCAAUUUGUAUUUUUAAUGGAUUUUUAUUUGUAUUUCACUUUGAUGUUUUGUUUUUUAAUCAGUGUGGUUUCCAGACUGGGUUUGCUCGUCUCAGUUUAGUUUUUAUUGCAUGUUUUUAGUUUCAUUUUUUAUCCGUUUAUCCGUUUUAGUCUGUAGGACUGUUUUUCGGGUGCAGAUUUAAGAAGUUCACAUUAGGCAUUAAAACACAUGGACGUCCCAGCCUCACCAAGCACAUGCAGCAGUAUCUCCCCACGCUCCUCAAGACUAAAAAUAAAAAAGGUUUUAUUUUAUUUUUGUUUUUUUUAAGAACAAAAUAUUGUAUUUUUUUAAUUCUAGUUUCAAUGUUUACCACAGUAACUGAAAUGUUUUUGUCACACCUACUUUUACUUUAGUUUAGCUGCGGUUGUGUCCAUCUUUUACUUACAGUCUGUAGAUUUCCCAGAGUUGAAAGGCGCUUAAAUAUUUAAAUUUUUUCACGCGUGUUUCGUUUCUGAGCCAACAUCAAACUGUAUUGUGAAAGUGCACUUACACAGAGCACAUUCAGGAUAUUUUUUGCAUUUAGUUUGACUUGUUUUGUGUGUUUUCUGCAGUUGUCGUAAUGUAGCAGCAUUCGGUGCACACACUCUGGGCAUAACGGUGCUCUUUGGGUAUGAUUGUCAUUUACUAUAUGCUGAACUGAAGCCUUUUUUAAUUCCUGCUAUUGAAGUCAAAACAACCUCAUAGAGAAGCUUAUAUUUAAACAUUUUCUUUACCCAGAAAUAAAAAAAAAAUGUUAUAUCCAGAUGUGAUUAUAUCUGGUUACGAUCUAACAGUUUUGUGUUGUGACCUGACAGUUUGGUUUCAGAGUAUGCUUCCUGACUGGUGGGUUCAGACUUUCACUUCCUCUUUCUUUUGGUUUGUUUGCUAAUCUUACUGAUUGCACAGUCAUGAGGUGCCAAAUGUACAAGGCCUACACAAGAAAAAGAGUCACACCAUGUUUUAUUUUGCCAAAUGUCUCAGGUAAAAACACAGAACGUGCAGAUAACGUGAAACUCUUUUGUAAAGCUUCUGUUAUGCAAAUUAAAUAAAGGUGAAUUAAAAAACAACAACAUUAACACUCACUGGAAGACUUUAAGCUGAAACUCUGUUUUUCAAAUAAAUACCUGAUCAUGACUGCGGCUUGUCUCACAGUCACAGAUUCA